AUGUGCGGCAGCUUGAAGCGCGAUACUCUAAAAUCUUUUCCAAUUUUAGGCUACCCUUCGUCGGACUGUAGUCACUAUUUCAGAAAAGGCUUUCGCACCAACUCGCAUAAGGUGGGAAAUCGACAUACGGGCAUACGUUUAGAGUACUCCGGACCCUUUGGAUACGUGACGGGACCUGGCAACGUAACGAUAGUCGAGACAAAGCCGUUUGACCUUAGCGAGUGGGGCAGGCUGACUUUCUGCUACUAUAAUGCAGGCGCAGAGAGUUACUUGACCGUAAACCUGUUUUCGAACGAACGAAAGAUUACCAUUUAUGAGUCACCAGAGGUCGAUCCGAUGGAGCCACAUAAAUGGAACUGCAUCGCAAAGGCUAUAGAUCCGGGCAACUACAACACGUUGCAAAUUAACGCGAAGAAGCUUCGAAACGAAUUAUCAUACAUCGGCAUCGACGAAAUCAAUCUGACUGAUAUGCAAGGCUCAACGGUAUGCUAA